CAUAAUCUACAUUAACUUGUUUUGAGAAAUUAAAGGAUAAAUUUUUUAAACUUAAAACUUUAUUAUACUUUAAGUGAAAAGUGAGUAAAAAGUAUGAAUACUAAUUAGUUGAAUGUAUUACUAGUCAGUCAUUAAAAUCCAUAACCAAAUUUUACAACAAAUGAUAAACAAAGAGCCAUAACCUCACAUGUGUUAUGAAUUACAAAACAAAGUAUUGUGGAUCUCUAAAAACUUUUUUGGAACUCGAAUUAGCAUUUCCUUCCUACUAUGGCUACAGUAGAGGAAAAAUAUACAAUGGAACAAAAAAUUGUUGCAGCAUGUUGGGUUCACGAAAAGAAAUACAAUAACCAAUCUUGGACAGAUAUCAUUACAAACUUCAAAGUAAGAUUUGGUCUGCGACCCCCUUCGGAGAAGCUGUUUAUAAAAUGGGAAAAACAACUUUUUAACAGCGGCACUGUAGGAGCAAAAAGAAACAAACCACACGCUUUGCAAAGAUUAGUACAUGUACCUUACGUAAAAGCUUCUCUUAAAGAACAUCCUAAUUUGAAUGCCACAGAAAGAGCAAGACUUUUGGGAAUUAACCGAUCGCAAUUAUUAACAAUUUUGAAAGAAGAUCUUCAUAUGAAAUUUAACAAUGACAGGGAUAGCCCAAGUGGAGGAAAGUGGGUUAGCAUCUCUCAAAAGGAACAAGAAAGCAAUGAUGAAAGUAGUAAUGAAAGUAAUCAUGAGCAGGAAGAAAGUUAAUUUUGUGUAUUAUUAUAUGAUGAUUUACCUAUGACAUGAAAUAGGAAGUUUUUUUUAUCAUCUGUAUACGAUGUACAGAGUGUCUUAUCAUAUUUCAAAAUAAGACCUAUAAAAAGUGUUCCAAAUAAAGCCUACAUGGAUUUAGAUGCUACAUUUUUAAAUUUGUUGAUGAUAGAAAGGGAUCAGACAUGUAUAAACAUAAAAAAAUUAAAUAGUGCUAUUACUUAAACUUCCUUUCUCUUCAAUAAUAAAAAUAUAUAUUACUAGUUGCACCAAUUUUUUACUUCUGUAGACAAGAUAGUAUUGAAGUACUAAAAUCAACAGUAGUUGAAACUUUCCUACAUAUAAUCAUUCUAUAUAAUCAGUAACAUUUUUGAAAAUAUAUUAAAUUAUAUUUAAUGUAUGCUUUUUAUUUUUUUUAUUAAACUCAAUUGAAGCAGAAUCAAAUGUGUGUUUGGUAAAAAUCGCAAAGAAAUCAAAAUUAUAUGAAAUUCACAUAUUUUAGAAAUAUAUCAAGAAAAAAUUGUAAGUGUAAUAAUUUAAUUAGUACUUCAUUAACUUUCUUGAAGUACAUUUCUUGUGGUAUGUACAUAGACUACCUAAUUGUAUAAAAGUUAAUCAAAGAAGUUUUAAUUAAUUUCUAUAGUAUAAUAGGUAGAGUUAUUAUUUUUCUCACUACUUCUAACGCCUUUUUUCGAAAUAAUUCCCUUUUAAGAAUGAGCUUGCACUACAUACAAAACUGUACUUGUACAUAUGUAUACAUAUAGAUCUAUAUAUUUACUCUAGUAUUACGGAUUACAUUCGUCAGUCAGAUUCCUUUUCCCGAACGAGUAGCAAAAGAUUAAAUAAAAAAGUUACAUAAAGUUAAAAUAAAAAAUAUUUCCUACUUAGCAAUUUACAUACGAAAUGGAAAACUGUACAGAUUUAAAAUCAAGACUGAAAAGGUGGUGGAAUAAUGUUAAAUUAAAAGAAAGUUUACAACAUUUCGGAUUGUUAAUAACUUUGUGUGCAUAUGCUGCUAUGGGAGGAUUUAUAUUUCGCUACUUUGAACACCCUGCUGAAAUUGACCGUUUGCAACGCCUAAAUUGGGUUGUUAAUUUGAAAAAACAGCUUUUAAUAGAAGUAAUUGUAAACAGUUCCCAAAAGGAAAAUUUGGAAGAUGUAAUCCUUUCAGAGUUAGAAAGAUAUGAGAUCGUCUUACACGAAGCUUUUAGCGGAGGGUUGUUUAACAAUGGAAAAAUUUACAAUGUCUUUCUAGAAGACGACGUAUUUAACAAAUGGACAAUUUUAAAAUCAGUUUUCUUUUCAUCCACAAUUUUAACAACCAUAGGUUACGGAAAUAUUGUGCCCAUGACUACAGGAGGCCGAGUAUUUUGUAUUCUAUUCGCUUUUAUAGGAAUUCCAUUAACUUUAACUGUGAUUGCUGAUUGGGGAAGGCUUUUCGCUUCAGUUGUUUCCACUUUUAUGCGUUAUAUGCCACCCCUCCCACAUUCAGUUAAAAAUGUCUCAAAGAUCAAUAGGACAUCGUUCUACGCGCUCGCAGCUGUAUGCUUCCUAUUUGUUUAUUUAGCUGCGGGUGCCGCUCUUUUUGUAAUUUGGGAAGACGAAUGGACUUUCUUUGAUGGAUUUUAUUUCUGCUUCAUAACUAUGACCACAAUAGGUUUCGGUGAUCUUGUACCAAGUUAGUAGAAUUAUAUGCAAAUUGAUUUCAUUAAAUUUUCAAGCGCUAAUUACAAUUAACUUUGCUGUAUUUAUGCUC